GCGACGUUUAAAUGGUCGACGACGGAAGAAUUUUACCCGUUGAUCCUACAACAUUUUAUCCCGGCAGAGGAGCUCCCACGACUCCCUCCCGAUCCCGCCACGGCGGGAAUGCUCGUCUGUAGCUCUUGGCUUCACGUCCUUCCCACGAUCAUGGAGAGGAAAGCAACGGUGCCACUGAUUUCUUCUUCAAUCUCAACGCUAGGACUAUCGAUCCUUUCCAAGUCGUCCGGCCAAAGAAAGUGGGAACUGCGCUAUAUGCAAUCGUAUUGUGCAACGACACAGGCUCUGCGCCAAUUGCUUCAAGCUGGAGCCCGACAACCUGGGCAUGAGCUAGCAGCUGCGGCCCUAUGCUUGAGUCUUAUAGAGGCUCUCAAACCAAAAUUUGACCACGGUUGGUUCGGCCACGUCCGAGCCGGGGCCGAAUUAAUUCAGCUUGCUGGUCCGAGGGCAUUCGCCGAACCGGUUCCCCUCAAGCUCCUUAUUGGGUUCUGCCCGAUUCUACUCUCCGAGGCGUGCCUUUCGCAACGGAAGUCGUUCUUAGAUUCCGAUGAUUGGAGGCGUGUCCUGUUCAGCCAAAGCAGCCCAAGCCCUAUGUUAUCGCUGAUGAGCACGGCAGCCAUCAUUCCCGGUUUACUGCAAGAAACAGCUGCCUUACCAUUCCAGUCCCCGCAGCACACUCUGUCUGUUGCUCAUCAGCUUCUGUCUGUCUUCUCCAGUGUACUUUUUGCCCUCGACCAGUGGGAGUUGUCACUGAGAGGGUCCACAUCGGGCCCCUUGUUUUGGCCAGGAGAAACACGAGGGUCGCUCCAUGCGGGCGGAGGACCGCCCACAUCGUCUAUCCAUUUUAGCGAUACGUACAAAGCCAUGUGUCUCAUGCAAGCCUGGGCCUAUGGCAUCGAAUGCCUCACCGGUAUCGAGCGCUUGGGAUCCACCAUUGAUGGCGUACUCAGAACUUCUGUGAUGAGUGAGAUGCAGAGCGCAUGGAACCGUGAGACAGUCUUGGGCCUCAGUAGAAAAAUCUAUCAAAGCUUGUGGUAUUUUCUGCAGGACGACUUGAGGUUAUAUGGCCCUGUGUCCACCGUAUUCCCGUUGAACAUCGCAUAUGAGGCCCUGCUCUCGCAUUGUCCUGAAGCUUCCGAUGAUGAUAUCAAAGGCUGCGAACAUGCUAUUUCUCUACUAUCUCAGAAAGGAUUUGCCUUGCAUCCACGAGCGAAGCAGUCAUGAAACGUAUAUUCACAACCAAUGAUUCGUGUUCUCCCCGGAGGAUAAGCUAUUGAGGAGUCGAAAUGGGGUUGUUCCAGGCCGUGCGCCUCUAACCGCCGCACCUCCCUCCCCCCAAAAGCAAAGUUGGUGCGUUCCGAUCGAAUAGUGUCGCCUCCAAAUGCAGGGCAACGGUUCACCAUUGCGUUGUGCAAGCAUCUCCUACUGCGUGUUGUUGGCACUUGAAAAGAUCCGAUUGACAACCGU